GAUGACUGAUUGGUUCAGUCAUAAAGAGUUUUUCCGUCUUCGGUUAUGGCCACUUUGUGGGGCCACCUCUUCGUUUGGAUUGGGCUUUGGCACAUUCUCCAGGUCCGUGGUAUUGCCAAGUUCACCAAUGUCCAGUGCUUUGCUGUUGAUGAAAAGUUCGCAAACUUUUCGCGGUGCCGUCUCUAUGCAGUAAAAAGGGAUGUGGUUGAGAUGAGCCUGAUCGCCAAGGUAUUAAAUUGGCCUAAGCGUCCAGUUUCGAUGCGAAUACAGUUGCUGAAGCGGGCCAGUGGGUAUAAGCCAUUCCUGUACAAUAUCUGUCAGUCGGACCUGUGCGAGUAUCUGGAGAAGCGGAAUCACCCCUUUGUCAAUAUCAUAUUCAACAGUUUUACCAAUCGAACCAAUGUGAACCGGUGCCCGCUUCCUGCUGAAAUUAUGCUGGAACACUUUCGUUUCCCGGUCAAAGCCUUGGAACUGCUGCCCCUGCCAUCUGGGGACUAUGCCCUCUUCAUUACAUUCAGUUUUGAUAGCCAGGAACGGGCCUUGGUCAAGGUUUACUUCACACUGACGGAGUAUCGUUAAUGGGGUGAAAAAUAUUUGGAUUUGGAUGGAGUUGGAUGCGAAUUGCAAUAAAAAUCGACGGCAGUGCAUUAAACUAAUUUAUAAAUUAGCCAUAAAUUCGUUUACAUGCGGGAAAAAAUUAAUUCGUAAUUUGAUUGUCUCUUUGUAUUGAUAAUAAAAUUGUUUCCACUCAAA